AUAUCUCUCACACUCUUCCCUCUCUUUACUUGUGCACGCUUAAAGAAGAGAUCACACAAUGGCAAACCCUUCUCUCUGUCUCCUCUUCCUCCUCUCUCUCCUGACCCCAGCCCUCGUCUCCUCUUCCCCGGUUCAGGACCCAGAACUUGUAGUACAAGAAGUACAUAGGGCCAUCAAUGCCUCUAGGAGGAAGUUGGGAUAUCUCUCUUGUGGAACCGGCAACCCCAUUGAUGACUGCUGGAGAUGCGAUCCCAAUUGGGAGAAGAACCGCCAGAGGCUAGCUGAUUGCGCAAUUGGGUUUGGUAAGAAUGCCAUUGGUGGAAGAGAUGGUAAGAUUUAUGUGGUUACAGAAUCUGGUAAUGAUGAUCCCGUGAACCCUAAGCCAGGGACUCUCAGGCACGCUGUCAUUCAAGAAGAGCCAUUGUGGAUCAUUUUUGCUCGUGACAUGACAAUUCAAUUGAAGGAAGAACUGAUCAUGAACUCGUUCAAGACUAUCGAUGGUAGAGGUGCAAGUGUCCAUAUUGCCGGUGGCCCAUGCAUUACUAUACAGUUUGUGACAAACAUUAUUAUACAUGGACUAAAUAUACACGAUUGCAAGAGAGGAGGGAAUGCUAUGGUGAGGGACUCCCCACACCACUUUGGAUGGAGGACUAUGUCAGAUGGUGAUGGUGUGUCCAUCUUUGGUGGUGCUCACAUCUGGGUGGACCAUAAUUCAUUGUCAAAUUGUGACGAUGGACUCGUUGAUGCCAUCCAUGGGUCCUCAGCCAUCACCAUUUCGAACAAUUACUUGACCCACCAUGAUAAAGUCAUGCUUCUGGGGCAUAGUGAUUCCUACACUCAAGACAAGAACAUGCAAGUCACCAUAGCCUUCAAUCACUUUGGAGAAGGUCUUGUCCAGAGAAUGCCAAGAUGUAGACAUGGAUAUUUCCAUGUGGUCAACAAUGACUACACCCAUUGGGAAAUGUACGCCAUUGGAGGGAGUGCUAAUCCAACCAUCAACAGCCAAGGCAACAGAUUUGUAGCACCUGACAUCAGGUUCAGUAAAGAGGUAACAAAGCAUGAAGAUGCACCAGAGAGUGAAUGGAAGAAUUGGAAUUGGAGGUCUGAAGGAGAUCUACUAUUGAAUGGAGCAUUUUUCGUAGCAUCUGGCGCAGGCGCUUCAUCAAGCUAUGCUAGGGCAUCAAGCUUGGGUGCAAGACCAUCUUCACUUGUCGGUCCAAUCACGAUGGGGGCAGGUGCACUUAACUGCAAGAAGGGGGGUCGUUGCUAGCUGAUUGUGAAAGAUAUUUUGUGACGAGUAAUUUGGACUAUAAUUAAUUAGCUGGCUAGAAAAGUAAUUAAGCAGAAGGGAAUUAAAAAAUGAGGAGGGUGAAGAAAAGUCCAAGCACUAGUUUCCCCUGGCUUUUUCUUCCCUCCAAAUUUUUAUUCUUUUUACCCAUUGUUAUCUGCUCUUAAUUAUCUUUCCUCCCCCUUCUCCUUUUUGUAGCCAAACCUUGAAGAUUACAACCUCAGCCUGUUACUCUUUGAACCUAAGGCAUUCUCCUUGAGAAUUCUUGGUGGGCAUAGAGAAAACAAGUGCUCAAGUGUUGAUAUAGUAUAUAUCAAUUAUCUAUUCAUGUUAAA